AUGGCGGUCGGAAAGAAUAAUAACAAGAUGGGAAAGAAGGGAGGUAAGAAGAAGGCCGUGGACCCAUUCUCCCGCAAGGAAUGGUAUGACAUCAAGGCCCCAAACAUGUUCAACACCCGUCAAGUCGGAAAGACCCUCAUCAACAGAACCCAAGGAACCAAGAUCGCUUCUGAGGGACUUAAGGGGCGUGUGUUUGAGGUCUCCCUCGGAGAUUUGAACAACUCUGAAGCCGACUUCAGAAAGUUCAAGCUCAUUGCUGAGGAUGUCCAAGGAAAGAACGUUCUCACUAACUUCCACGCUAUGUCGAUGACUCACGACAAGUUGUGCUCCAUCGUCAAGAAGUGGCACACUCUUAUCGAGGCUAACACCGCCGUCAAGACUACCGAUGGAUACACCCUCCGUGUUUUCGUUAUCGCCUUCACCAAGAAGUCCGCCAACCAAGUUAAGAAGACUUCUUACACCAAGACUUCCAAGAUCCGCAAGAUCCGUUCAGAGAUGAUCUCUUGCAUCGAGAAAGAGGUGACUGGAUGUGACCUUAAAGAGGUCGUUAGCAAACUCAUCCCAGACUCUAUUGGAAAGGACAUUGAGAAGACCUGCUCCAAGCUUUACCCACUCCAGGAAGUGUACAUCCGUAAGGUCAAGAUCAUCAAGAGACCGAAGAUCGACCUAGGAAGACUCCACGACUUGCACGGAGAAUCUAUGACUGUUGGAGCCGACGGUGAGAAGGUUGAUCGUCCAGACGACUACGAGCCACCAGUCCAACAAGAAGUCUAA